UGUUGACAGAGUGUGUGUGUGUGUGUGUGUAUCUGGGUAUAGUGUGAGGGAGACUGUACGGGGUUUUGUAUGUAACGGCUGGGUGUAAUGGCGGUGUCCCGGCGCUCGUCUCAGCACCACGGCGGCGGGCUCCAGUCCCCCCCGCGGCUCUCCGCCGUCUCCUCGCCGCCCCUGGACUCUCCUCAGGCGGACACGGCCGCGCUGAGCCCCGCGGAGGCCUCUCCGGAGCGGCCGGGCAGCAGCGGAGCCUGCAGCUCGGCCAGCGGGGCCGCAGGCAGCGCCAGCCCGUCCUCAGCGGCCCCCAGCCCGGGCCAGGACAGCGGCGCCUUCCGGGAGCUGUUCGAGGCCUGCAGGAACGGGGACGUGUCCCGGGUGAAGCGGUUGGUGGACGCGGCGAACGUGAACGCGAAGGACAUGGCGGGGAGGAAGUCCACCCCGCUGCACUUCGCCGCAGGUUUUGGCAGGAAGGACGUGGUGGAGCAUCUCCUGCAGACUGGAGCUAACGUUCACUCCCGGGAUGACGGUGGGCUGAUCCCGCUCCAUAACGCCUGCUCCUUCGGGCACGCCGAGGUGGUCAGCCUGCUGCUGUGCCAGGGGGCGGAUCCCAACGCCCGCGACAACUGGAACUACACGCCUCUGCACGAGGCCGCCAUCAAGGGCAAGAUCGACGUCUGCAUCGUGCUGCUCCAGCACGGUGCGGAUCCCAACAUCAGAAACACAGACGGCAAAUCAGCUCUGGAUCUCGCAGACCCCUCCGCCAAGACCGUCCUCACCGGGGAAUAUAAGAAGGACGAGCUGCUGGAGGCAGCGAGGAGUGGGAAUGAGGAUAAGCUGAUGGCUCUGCUGACUCCACUCAAUGUCAACUGUCACGCCAGCGAUGGACGCAAGUCGACCUCACAGAAAAUGCUGUCGACUCCGCUGCACCUGGCUGCCGGUUAUAAUCGUGUUCGGAUCGUCCAGCUGCUCCUGCAGUACGGAGCUGAUGUCCACGCUAAAGACAAAGGUGGUCUGGUUCCGCUGCAUAACGCCUGCUCAUAUGGUCACUACGAGGUCACUGAACUCCUGCUAAAGCACGGUGCGUGUGUGAAUGCGAUGGACCUGUGGCAGUUCACGCCGCUGCACGAGGCGGCCAGUAAGAACAGGGUGGAGGUGUGUUCACUACUGCUGAGUCACGGAGCCGACCCCACCCUCCUCAACUGCCACAGCAAGAGCGCCAUCGACCUGGCCCCCACCCCUGAGCUCCGGGACAAGCUCACCUAUGAGUUUAAGGGGCACUCGCUGUUGCAGGCAGCUCGGGAGGGAGACCUCGCCAAAGUGAAGAAAACCCCACAGGAGAUCAUCAGCUUCAAACACCCCCACUCACACGACAGCGCUCUGCACUGUGUGGUAGCGUCUCCUCACCCCAAGCGUAAACAGGUCACAGAGCUGCUGCUGAGAAAAGGAGCCAACAUCCACGACAAGAACAAAGAUUUUAUGACUCCGUUCCAUGUUGCUGCUGAACGAGCUCAUAAUGAUGUUCUGGAGGUCCUGCAGAAGCACGGAGCAAAGGUGAACGCGGUGGAUACUCUGGGUCAGACCGCUCUGCACAGAGCCGCUCUGGCCGGACACAUCCAGACCUGCCGGCUGCUGCUGAGCUACGGCGCCGACCCCUCCAUCGUUUCCCUGCAGGGCUUCACCGCCGCACAGAUGGGGAACGAGGCGGUGCAGCAGAUCCUCAGCGGUGAGGAAUCAGUGAUUCCUGUUCACAUGGCGGGAGAAAAUGUUCCGGCUCGAAACUCGGACGUGGAUUAUCGCUUCCUGGAGGCGGCCAAAGCCGGAGACCUGGAUACAGUCAAGCAACUGUGUUCUCCUCAGAACGUGAACUGCAGGGAUUUGGAGGGUCGUCACUCCACUCCGCUGCACUUCGCUGCUGGUUAUAAUCGUGUAGCUGUGGUGGAGUACCUGCUGCACCACGGAGCUGACGUUCACGCCAAGGACAAAGGGGGUUUGGUUCCUCUCCAUAACGCCUGUUCGUACGGUCACUAUGAGGUUGCUGAGUUGUUGGUGAGACACGGAGCCUCGGUGAACGUUGCUGAUCUGUGGAAGUUCACGCCCCUGCACGAGGCAGCGGCCAAGGGCAAAUACGAGAUCUGCAAACUACUGCUGAAGCAUGGUGCUGACCCCUCUAAGAAGAACCGUGAUGGUAACAUGGCGCUGGACAUGGUGAAGGAUGGAGACACUGAUAUACAGGAUCUGCUGCGCGGUGACGCCGCCCUGCUGGACGCAGCGAAGAAGGGCUGCCUCGCCCGCGUUCAGAAGCUCUGCAGCCCCGACAACAUCAACUGCAGAGACACACAGGGCAGGAACUCUACACCACUACACCUCGCAGCUGGGUAUAAUAACCUGGAGGUGGCGGAGUAUCUGCUGGAGCACGGUGCGGACGUGAACGCGCAGGAUAAAGGAGGUCUGAUCCCGCUGCACAACGCUGCCUCCUACGGGCAUGUGGAUAUCGCAGCGCUGCUGAUAAAGUUUAAUACGUGUGUAAACGCGACGGAUAAGUGGGCGUUCACUCCGCUGCACGAGGCGGCUCAGAAAGGCCGGACUCAGCUGUGUGCGCUGCUGCUGGCACACGGAGCCGACCCCACCAUGAAGAACCAGGAGGGCCAGACUGCACUAGACUUAGCCACGGCUGAUGAUAUCCGGGCCCUGCUGAUGGACGCCAUGCCGCCGGACGCUCUGCCCAGCUGUUUCAAACCCCAGGCCACGGUUCUCAGCGCCACCUUAAUCUCUCCUGCCUCCACGCCCUCCUGCCUGUCCGCCGCCUCCAGCAUCGAUAACCUGGCCGGGCCCCUGAGUGACGGGGCCACUGGCGGGGCCAGCGGCGGGGCCACCGGCCCGGCGGACGGAGCGUCCGGAACCGAGCGGAAAGAGGGAGAAGUUACUAUGCUAGACAUGAACAUCAGUCAGUUCCUGAAGAGUCUGGGUCUGGAGCACCUCAGAGACAUAUUCGAGCGUGAGCAGAUCACUCUGGACGUGUUGGCUGAUAUGGGUCAUGAGGAGCUGAAGGAGAUCGGUAUAAACGCUUACGGACACCGACACAAACUCAUCAAAGGCAUCGAGCGGCUGCUGGGGGGUCAGCAAGGUGGGAACCCGUACCUGGCCUUCCACUGCACGGCUCAGGGCACCGUCCUCAUCGACCUGCCGCCCGACGACAAGGAGUUCCAGUCCGUCGAGGAGGAGAUGCAGAGUACAAUCCGUGAGCACAGAGAUGGAGGGAAUGCAGGAGGAGUUUUCAGCAGAUACAACGUCAUCAAGAUCCAGAAGGUGGUGAAUAAGAAGCUGCGGGAGCGAUACACACAUCGGCAGAAAGAGAUCGCUGACGAGAACCACAACCAUCACAACGAGCGCAUGCUGUUCCACGGUUCUCCGUUUAUAAACGCCAUCAUCCAUAAAGGCUUUGAUGAGCGGCACGCCUACAUCGGUGGGAUGUUCGGAGCCGGGAUUUACUUCGCUGAAAACUCGUCUAAGAGUAACCAGUACGUUUACGGCAUCGGAGGAGGAACCGGCUGCCCCACACACAAAGACCGCUCCUGCUACGUCUGCCACAGGCAGAUGCUGUUCUGCAGGGUAACUCUGGGAAAGUCCUUCCUACAGUUCAGUGCUAUGAAGAUGGCCCACGCUCCUCCGGGUCAUCACUCCGUUAUCGGCAGACCCAGCGUCAACGGCCUCGCGUACGCCGAGUACGUCAUCUACAGGGGAGAACAGGCUUAUCCGGAAUAUCUCAUCACCUACCAGAUCGCCAAGCCGGAGAGCACCCCCCAGUCCCCCACAGGAGCCGAGCAGAAAUCAUAGUCUCUCUCCUCUCCUUUAUCUCUUCUCUUCUUCUCUUUCAUCUCCCUGUGCUCUUUAUCUCUUCUGCCCCCCCUCCCUCCUGCACACACACAUUAUCUCUUUAUCUUUAUCCCCCCUUUUCACUAAAACAUUCUUGUGAAUAUUGCACAAAAAGAAAUGUGAACUGUACCAUUGACUGUUGUCUUACCCAUGGAGUUGCCAUGUAUGAAUUAUAAAUUUGCACUUUUAAAGUGAGUUAUUUAAGUUAUUUGAGGAGCAGUUGGAUUGUGAAGUGUAUUGUACAGGCAGUGGAAAGAACCAUGUAAAACACAUUGUGAUUGAACCCGAGCUAUUUGAGUUGUAUUUUAAAGAAAGGUUUUUUUUGUUUUGUUGACUUGAUUAAUUUCUUUUAAAUAAACCUGGUCAGACCAUCAACGCAGCUCAAA